UCGCGGUGAGGUUUGGUUUCCCCCGCUGGCCGGAAGUUGUGCUGCUUUCCCGAGUCCUCCUGUCAACAUGGCUGCGGCGAGCGGGCGGUGCUGGCUCCUCUGGGCAGCAGCUGCUGCACUUGUCUUGACUUUAGAUGCUGCUCCUGUGGAAGAGUUAGAUGACUCGUUUAAAGAAAAUCGUAAAGAUGACAUUUGGCUUGUAGUUUUCUAUGCACCUUGGUGUGGCCAUUGCAAGAAAUUGGAGCCUGUGUGGAAUGAAGUUGCUAUAGAGAUAAGAAACAGUGGGUCUCCAGUAAAAGUUGGGAAGAUGGAUGCAACUUCCUAUUCUAGCAUUGCCUCUGAAUUCGGAGUUCGAGGUUAUCCAACAAUUAAGCUCUUAAAAGGUGAUUUGGCAUACAACUAUAGAGGACCUAGAACCAAAGAUGAUAUAAUUGAAUUUGCUAACAGAGUAGCAGGGCCUCUUAUCCGGACACUUCCUAGCCAGAAAAUGUUUGAACAUGUGCACAAGAGGCAUCAUAUAUUUUUUUUGUAUGUUGGUGGGGAAUCUCCUUUAAAGGAGAAAUACAUAGAAGUUGCUUCAGAACUAAUUGUCUAUACAUACUUUUUUUCUGCCUCAGAAGAGGUGCUACCUGAGUAUGUGACACUUCCUGAAUUGCCUGCUGUUGUGGUCUUCAAGGAUGGAACUUACUUUAUAUAUGAUGAAUAUGAAGAUGGUGAUCUAUCAUCUUGGAUAAACCGAGAGAGAUUCCAAGGGUACCUUAAUGUAGAUGGGUUUACACUCUAUGAACUUGGAGAUACAGGAAAACUUGUGGCUAUUGCGAUUAUUGAUGACAAAAACUCUUCAGCUGAACAUACUAGGCUAAAGUCUAUUAUUCAAGAAGUCGCUAAAGAUUACAGAGACCAUUUUCACAGGAACUUGCAGUUUGGCCAUAUGGAUGGUAACGACUAUAUCAACAGCUUACUAAUGGAUGACUUGACAAUCCCCACUGUUGUCGUAUUGAACACUUCCAACCAACAGUAUUUUCUACCAGAUAGACGCAUUGAGAGUACCGAAGACCUGAUUCAGUUCAUUAAUAGUAUCUUAGAUGGCACAGUCGAAGCACAAGGUGGUGAUGGGUUUCUGCAACGAAUCAAGAGAAUAAUUUAUGAUGCCAAGUCUACUGUAAUGUCUGUAUUCAAGAGUUCUCCACUUCUGGGCUGCUUUCUCUUUGGCCUGCCACUGGGUGUCAUCAGCAUCAUGUGUUAUGGAAUCUGCACAGUUGACACCUUUGGAGGCGUAGAGGAAAACGAGAUAUCUAAAAAGGAAACUGGAGAUAGGGAACUUACAGAUGAAGGCAGUGAGGAAGAACAAGAGCAGGAAAACAAAGAAAAAUCUGCAGAACUUUCAGAUGGAGAACAUGGACAGAAACAUAUAUUUGAUAAGAAAAAAGACUAGGUUGCCUAGUUUAAAGGAUUCUGUAGAAUUUCAAAAUAGCCUUAUUUAUUGAAGUCAGUCAUUUAAUGAUGAUCUUCACAGAAGAGGACAUUUUGUCUGUAUUUUGCUAGUUUUGACUUGCAUGUAUUCAAAUCUUCUUAUCAAAUGUGGUCAUGGGAAAGGUGUGGACCUGAAUGCUUUCUUAAUUAUUUUUUAUUAAUAUUUUAUUAUUCUGUGUUGUGUCUGAAGAUUAAUGCUCCUAAACUGUUUGUUCACAGGCAACAAUCAGGUAAAAUAUGCUAUAAGCCCUUGCUACAUGUGAUAAUCUAGUAACAUUGUGGCCGGCAUAUAUCAGGAUCAUCUUUUUAUAUGAACAGAAAUGGAAAAAUUGCAAGAAAGUUUAGAAUGAAACUCGUAAAUCUUACAUACCCUUUGAAAUUAUGAUGGCUAAAGAUGGCUUGGGCUUUCCAUAAAGACACUUUUAUUUUAGCUACUGUACAUUAUUUUGAAAGAAAUAUCUUUUUUUUAAAGUUAAUUUCUUAUUAAUUACAGAAAUGCUUUGUUAUGUGACAGUACUAAAAUCAAUUACUGGCAGUUUCCCACAGAACUUGUGUUAAAUGCAAGACCUGAGAGAGAGUUAUUUUAUUAAAAUAGUUCCUUACUAAUAUUUUAAACAAGAAAAAAUUGAUUGGAGACCGCUUAUAAAGAAGAUUUUUGUCAUGGGAAAGUCACUCCUUGAUUGGGCUUUACAAGUAAAACUUACUAUUUUUUUCCUAGUAUAAAUUAUCUACAGUUUCCGAAAAAUCUGGAUGAAGCUUGAUGGUGAAAGAAUAAAUACAAGGAUCCUCAGACAGCUAAUCCUCUCAUACAAAUAUGUAGUGACAGGCUUUAACCAAAUACCUUUUCAGAACUCUUUUUGAAUGGUUUAUGAUUCACAAUAAUCCUAGGCUAUGUCUACACUAGCUGAGUGUUUUCGCCAAGAGCUUAAAGAAAACUGCUGUUGUGUUCACCUCAUCUUCCACUGGCGGGAUAGCAUGCUCACACUUGAGGCACUUGCAUCACUAAUGAGAGCAGUGCAAUGUUGGUAGCUAGCCCACAGUGCAACUCUCCCCCUUCUGCUGCUAGGUCUUGUGGGAAGGCGGAGGGGAUCGUGGCGCAAUAUGGGUCAGAGUUCAAUGCCCUGUGAUGCACUGCUUUCUGUCCCAGCAUCUCAUGUGCUUCUUGGUCACAGCAUUUUUCAACGUCCCUUGUUUUCUGCUUUCCCCGCCACACCUAUCUGCAGGAAUGGAUUCUGCACGGCUCUCCACUGCUCUGCUAGCUCUCACUAGCACAUCGCGAGUGGCAGUGAAGUUACUCUUGAAGUUACAAUGGCAGCAGCAGUUGCCUGACAUGGUGUCCGACAUGCAGAGCAGCAACAUUAGAUUGCUUUUGACAUUCGCAGAGGAAUUGAACACAGUGGAACGUUGUUCUUGAGCUCAGGAAACUAGCACAGAGUGGUGGGAUUGCAUUGUUAUGCAAGUCUGAGAUGACAAACAGUGGCUGCAGAACUUUUGGAUUCCCUGGAACUGUGUGUUGAGCUCACCCCAGCCCUGCCGCACAAGGACUCCCAAGUGAGAGCUGCCCUCUCGGGGGAGAAGCGCAUGGCAAUCGCAGUGUGGAAACUGGUGACUCAGGAACCAGUUUGGAGUGGGGAAGUCCACUGUUGUGCCUGUGUUAAUGCAAGUGUGCAAGGCCAUUAAUCACAUCCUGCUGUGAAAGACUGUGACCCUGGGCAGUGUGCAUGAAAUUGUGGAUGGUAUUGCAGAAAUGGGUUUCCCUAACUGUUGAGGGAAGAUUGAUGGCAUGCAUAUUCCAAUUCUGGCACUAGACCACUUUGUCAUAAUUUGGAAGGGAUAUUUCUCCAUGGUUUUUCAGGCGCUUGUGGAUCACCAUCGGCAUUUCACUGACAUUAACGCAGAGUGGUCCGAGAAGGUACCUGACAUGUAUAUUUUAGAACACUGGCCUGUACAAAAAGCUGCAAGCAGGGACUUUCUUUCCAGACCACAAUAUCGCCAUAGGGGAAGUCAGAAUGCCCUUAAUGGUCCUGGGAGACCCAGCGUACCCCUUAAUGCCAUGGCUCAUGAAGCCGUACACCUAGAUAGCAGUGAGGAGCAGUUCAACAACAGGCUGCGUAGGGGCAGAAUGACCGUUGAAUGUGUAUUUGGCCGAUUAAAGACACACUGACGAUGCCUAUAUGGCAGGUUAGACCUGAAUGAGGAAACUAUUUCCAUGGUUAUAGCUGCUUGUUGUUCGCUGCAUAAUAUUUGUGAAGGGAAGGGCAAACGGUUUAGUCGGGUGGACUGCCAAGGCAGAAUGCCUGGCUGCUGAUUUUGAGCAGUCAGAUACCAGAGCUGUUAUAGGGGCGCAACAAGAAUCAGUGAUGCCUUGAGGCAACACUUCGAAGGUGAAAACCAGUAAUUUUGUUGCAAUGCUUGGGACUGCACUGAUUAAUUACAUUUGGUAUGCUAGCAAGCAGUUACGUUUAAGACCUAGGAGUCAAUGUAAGAAUCAUAGAAUAUCAGGGUUGGAAGGGACCUCAGUAUGUUAUCUAGUCCAACCGCUGGCUCAAAACAGGACCAAUUCCCUGUAAUUAGUAAGGAACUAAUAAAAGAGCCUGUUGACUUGCAGGUGCCAUGAGGUAUCAUACCUUGCAUGGAAACAAAUAAAGAAUGCUUAUAAUUCAAAAAAUUUUGCAUUUAUUGCCAAAUAAACCACAACAGCACAUGGACAUACAUACACAGGCACCCUGUUGGUGGGGGAGAAGGUACGUGGGGGAGGCUGAUUUUCAUAGCUGAGUAUAGAUCCAGCUUUCAUUUGAAAAGCUGUCUGUGAGGGCGAAGUGUUGAGGAAAGCGCAAAGGAAUGUAUAGGGAGAGUUUGGGGAGUGCAUGAGAGUUCUGAAUGUGAUGAAGAGGAAGGUGGGUACGCAUCUGUUCAGUCUGCAGUGUUAUAAGAGUCUGGAGCAUGUUCAUUUGACGCUCCAGAACUCCAGCCUCUCUGUGGCAUCCCUAUUGUAAGAAUCUCUCUUGUCUUCCCUGCUUUUCACUUUCCCUCCACUUCUUGCAUUCAGUGUUUUCUGCCUCUGACUGCUGCAGCACCACCUCGAACAUAUCUUCCUUGGUCCGUCUUGGCCAUUUUCUUGUCUUGCGCAGAUGCUCUGCUGCUGUUGGGGGGUUGGUUCCCAAGGUCAAGUCUGGAUAGGCAUAGUUAACAGUAAAUAGAAACACUAUUAUCAGCUACACACAAAGAAUUGAAACAGUAACAUUAAUACGCUGCAGAUAACAUACCUAUCACUUUCUCAGUGAUCCUAGGAAGUACACAUGAGGCAGAAGACCCCUUCGAUGGUGAGUGAACCCAGGGACAGGGACCUUCUUUAUUGCAGAAAAGCACCACACUGCCUAACUGUGCGGGGAAAUGCCCAUCACACAGAAACAAAGCCAGCCUUCUACAUUUUUCUGCCCUCAACCCGCUUCAGAACUUCACAAAGCAAAACCACUUACCAGGGGUCUCCUCUCCCACUUCUGGCUCACCAGAAAGCGAUUGCAGAGACGAGUGGAGGACAACUUCUGACUGGAUGUAUCGUUGGGCUCUACAUCUUCAGCCUCCACCACUUCAUUAAUGAUAUCUUUCUCUGGGUUAGGUCCACAUACCACUGGCUCCAGACCCGCCGAAGUAGCCACAGUGCUCUUUGUGGUGGAGGUGGGCUUGCCACCUAGGAUAGUGUCCAACACCUUAUAAAAACAACAGGCCUGGAGCAAAGCACCAGAUCGGACAUUUGCCUUCCUCAUCUUGUGGUACGCGUUCCUCUGCUCCUUCACCUUUGCUCUGCCCUGCAGUGUGUCCUGGUCAUAUCCCUUUUCAUGCAAGCUGUGUGCAUUCUGGCCGUAGGUAUCUAUAUUGCUACAGCUGGAGCCCAGCUGGGACUGGACAGCCUCCUCCCCCCAAACACUUAUCAGAUCCAGUAGCUCUGCAGUGGCCCAAGCAGUAGAUCAUUUUCUGCAUGGGGCCAGCAUGGUUAGCUGGGAAAAUGCAAUGUGAGCUCUACAUACCGAGCAAACAGGAAGGGGAAUUUCAAAAUUCCCUGGGCUUUAAAGGGGGAGGGGCGGAAUGUUUACCUGGUGUCAGGGCAGCAGAGUUAAAACUGCUGACCAGAGUGGUCAGGAUGAGCAUUGUGGGACACCGUCCCGAGACCCAUAAGUGCUAAAAUCAAGCCCGGUGUCUACACUGGCACAAGGGGGCUAAAGUCUUCGUGCAAAAAGCCCUAAAACUCUCGGGGUGGUUUUAUUACAGGGGUGCAACAGAGGAGUUUCGGGGCAAAAAAUGGCUUUACAGUAUGUACGCCUCUGCUGUGUGUUGCCAAAACCUGCCUUUUGAUGAAAAAACUUGCCAGUGUAGACCAGGCCUUAAGUGCAGAUUGUGACUUAUUUUUAAAGAGAAAAAUGUUUUAUUUAAACACACAUUUUUGAACAAGAAUUGGUGUUGAUACUUACAUUGAGAGAGCUUUUGACUACAAGUUGUACACUGUGGAAGGAAAGUUAAUAGAGCCAUCGUUAGCACUGAUAGAGGGAUAUUUGUCAGUGGAAUACAUUUUCGUGAGCUAUUUAAUCAUGAAGAUCAUUUUUAAUAUAACCCCAUGACACCGAAUGGGACUAAAUUUUCUCCAGAGUUGAGAUCUCAAGGGAUAAACCACAGAACCACCUUUGGUUUUUUUUGGUUGGCAUUGAUGCCAUGGAGAUUACUGUAGCAACCAAACUUAUGCUCCUCUUUCUCAGUACUGAAGCUAUAUAAGAUUCAGUUGGAUAGUGAGCCAUAAGCUUUUCUAGCUUUGAUGUUUUUAAAGGACAUAUUAUAAUAGAAUACAUAUAGUAAUGUUUUCUGUAUAAGGCAGCUUACUCACUUAAUAUAUGCUAUAACACUGAAUUAAGAGAAAUAUUUCUAGAUAUAAAUAUGGAUAAUCUUAAAUAGAAGAUUUUGUGUUGGAACUAAUCUGGGGGUAAAUUGAACUUGAGAUAGCAACUGCUACGUUCUUUUCCCUGUUGUAAAAGAAAGUUGGUUCUUUUAAAAUAGUUAGUAACAUCUGGCUUUGUACAGAAGCUGCAGUGCAGAACACAACAAACUAAAUGCCUGACUUGAGAGACUUUGCAGUGGAAGAUGAGUACAUCAUGGAGAUUAUUCAUUUAUUUUCAGAAAGCUCACUGGUUUUCUUUGAGCUGUUGUAAUUGACAAAUUUAGAAUCCUGCAAAUUCAUUUCUUUAGGAAAGAGAUUUUCCUACUGUCCCUGCUUGAAAUGAAUAUCUUCCUGUAGAAGAGAGAAACAUGAGUACUUUUACUUAUCAAAUAUAAAAAUUGCAGGUAUGUAGUAUGGCUUUUUUGGCCUCCCCCUGCCCCAUGUGAAUUUCCUCUUUUCAUUUAUAAUAAAUAGAAAUACAUAUUUUAAAUUUGAGUAGUUUGGUUGUAAAUAGAAAAUUGAAUUAUCUUUUUAAACACCUUUUUUUAAGAUGUGGACAACUUUGCAGACCUUUUAGUCUUAGUUGUCUUAUAUUUGAAGAGUGAGAUGCUUGUAGUUAUUUUAUAUUUUGUUUCAAAACUUCUUUAAGUGCAGUUAUGUUAUGUUACAGAACACUUCACUUAAUGUUAGGCCACUUGAGCUUCCAGUAACUUUCAAUGCUGGCACAACUCAGUGCUAAAUAAUCAGAAUGUGAGUCUGAGCAGUGAGGAAUAUCUUACUGCUUUAUCCAUUAUUUGUGAUUUUUUUAUCAGUUAAGAUCUUAGUCUUUUCAGUUAGUUAUUUGAACCUGAAUAUAUAAUUUUGUACAAGGUCAAAAGUUAAGGUGGCUUUUUGAGGACUUCACUGGUCAUUGUGUUGUGUUUAGAAAAAUCUAGAAUUUUUAAAAAUCCACUCCCCCCUGAAUGCUGUUGCAUAGAAUUCAGUUUUAACCACCACCCCAUAUGACUUAAUUUUCCAUAGUCUUGGCUUUUCAAUAGUUUCUGUUGCUACAACAGUAGCCAAACACUUUGUUGAGAAAUGGUCUAGUGAGAGAUGGACCUGGGGAUAAUACCUACAUGCACCGUGAGAGACAGGACUCACUAGUGCCUGGUGUGGAAGUACCAUUAAGCUGCCAAAUUUCUGGUGGUUUGAUCAAUUAGAGUUAAUAGGAGAGUGUCUGUCAGUCACUUUAUGACUUGUCAGGAUAACCAGAUGUGUACUAACCUACAAAAAUGCAAGCUUUAAACGCACUGCUAUUUUCAUCAGGCUGUGCUCCCAGCUGUGUCUGCUUAGGAUGUGGAAAACCACACACAAUCUUAUAUUUAAAAUUCCCUUUUAGCUUGAAAUAUGCGUAAAGAUAGGCUUCUGGUGUAAAAUGAAAGGAUUUUUGUUUGGUCAUGUAAAGAACUUAGUACACUGAGAGGGGGAGAGGCUUUUCUAUUUUAUCUUGGAUGGAUACAAUCUCUAAAGGUUUCUGAGGAUAGCUUAAUAUACUAACUUCUUGAAUUAAUGAAAUAAUGCUGCUUUUGAGGUCAAGUGUAAGCCUUUGUUUUUCUACAAUAAAGAAAUUGAAAAGA